AUGGCCGACUACUUUGCCCCAGAUGCACUAUUUGCUGACCAUUUUCACCGGCGUUUUCGGAUGCGCAAGACUGUCUUCGAUCAUUUGUACCAUGGAGUCCGGUCCUACGAUGACUACUUCAUCCUGAAGAAGGACACCGUGGGAACGAUUGGCUUCUCUGAUUAUCAGAAGUGCACGGCCGCACUCUGGAUGCUUGCAUAUGGCACGACCGCUGAUUCGUGGGACGAGUACCUAUGGAUGUCUGAGCGCAUGAGGAGAUGCCAUGGUCAGGCUUUACAAGGGCAAUAUCAAGGUCAUGCUAAAAAGCCCACCAUCAUUCUUGAAGCAGUUGCAUCACAGGAUCUUUGGAUUUGGCACGCUUUCUUUGGCAUGCACGGGUGUCACAAUGACAUCAAUGUGCUGCAACGAUCGUCGUUGUUUGCGAGGCUGACUGGAGGAAAAGCUCCUCCUUGCCACUAUACUGUCAAUGAACAUGAGUACAACAUGGGCUACUAUCUGGUUGACGGUAUCUAUCCUCCAUGGGCUACCUUUGUCAGCACCAUCUCAAACCCAGUUAGCCAGAAAAAGGCUCACUUUGCCCAAAGACAAGAAGCAGCUAGAAAGGAUGUCGAGUGGGCAUUUGGAGUUUUGCAGGCCCGUUUUGCAGUUGUUCGUGGACCUGCUAAACAAUGGGAUCCGGAAACCUUGUGGGAUUUGAUGACAUAUUGUGUGAUCAUGCACAAUAUGAUCGUCGAGGAUGAGGGUGAUGAUGCUGCCGCAACUCUGGAAUUGAGAACAUGGGUGAUCCUAUCCAACUUCCGGACUAGAAUCCGGCCACAUUUGAGGAGUUUAUUCAAAUGCAUCAGCAAAUUCGGCAUCAACCAACUCACGAGAAGCCGAAAGAAGAUCUGA